AUGAUCAACGCUACUCACGGUACAAAGACGAAGUACAAUAUCUUUUCUAUUAUAGCCCACGAUGCGCUUGGAAAGGCCAGUUUGCUCAACAUGCAGUGGUUCAAAAUUAUUCUAAUGAAGCUAUAUCGUGAUAAAUCCUAUGUCAUUCCUAUCAAACCCGCUACCUUGGGAGUUACUGGGGACGGACAGACUCAGACUGAUGCGACGAUCAUUUGCCGCGCGUUAUCAGAUCAUGAAGAACGAGAGGAUGCUGAUACCAGUGAACUGCAACGGAAACCACUGGUGUGUUGUCAUGAUAGACCUAGAAAAGGCAAAGCGUAUGUGUACAACUAG